GACUUUUCCAUCAAAUCCGUGUGUUUAAAAAACUGCGACGACGCCAUUAUUAACUUAUACACAUCUCCUUCGCUCUUCAGCCCCAGCCAUUAAAAUGGAUGCAUCACCUUCAAACAAGCUCCUUUUCAUCUUUCUCCUUUCUCUCUGCUCGUCAGGGUCAAGUGCAAAAGGGAUACACAAGUUGAUCCAAACAACUCAACAUGACACCAUGAAUCCUCCUUUCACGGCCUCUCCGGUAACCAAUCCGGUCACCACCCCAGUAACCAAUCCCGUCACCACCCCAGCCACCGGAACCUACCCACCCGCCGACGCUUCCACGCCGCCUCUAGUCACCAUUCCUUCCGCCAAUCCAGCCACCGGCACACCCAUUCCCCCCGCCACAGACCCAACCCUCAACCCCCCAUUUCCAGCCACCCCCACCUUCCCUCCCGGAGGCGGCCAACCGGCAGUCAGCACAUAUCCGCCAGUCCAAGCGGGGGGGCAGAGCUGGUGCGUGGUGCGGAGCGGGGUGCCGGAGAGUGUUCUGCAGGUAGCACUUGAUUAUGCAUGUGGGAUUGGAGGGGCGGAUUGCUCCGCUAUUCAGGACGGCGCCGCCUGCUCGAAUCCAAGCACAUUGGAGAAUCACGCGUCCUAUGCAUUCAACGCCUAUUAUCAGAAGAAUCCAGCUCCAACUAGCUGUGACUUCGGUGGAGCUGCCACCCUCACCAAUGCCAAUCCAAGCUCCGGUUCUUGCAUUUUCCCGACAUCGUCGUCGGCAUCAACGGCGUCUCCGACAAAUCCGGCAACAGUAUCUCCGACAAAUCCAGCGGUGCCAACUCCGGGGACAGACUUUUCAUCGGGAGCAGCACCAGCUGGGUUUGGUGGUACUGGUAGUGGUACAGGUAUUCCUCCAACGGUUUUGAACUCGAGCAACCCGGCACUGGGAGGCGGCAUCGAUGGCUACGGUGAAACCCCUCCCACCGCCAGCAUUUCUUCGGCUUCCGUGACGAUGGCUGGCUUCAUCACCUGCAUCAUUCUGCCACUAUCUACUAUUCCUCUGUGGCGUUUAUGAGUUAGGAACGCAUACAAGUUUUGGGGUGUACAGUUCUUUGCGGGAUAUAUUACUCAAGAAUUUCUAGUGCCCUUUUACUUCUAUUCUAUGUGUAUUCCCACUACCACUAGCUCUGCAUAUACGAGAUGAUAACGUAUACAUUACAUUUCCUAGACAGAUUGAUUUGUAUAUUAUGUAACAACAGGAGGAGCUUGCAAUA